GCGCCGGAAGUGUCCCCACGCUGCCUAGGAGACAGGACGCUGAGCCAGCCGCUGACAGGGCUGUGCCGGCCGCGCCCACCGGUCGCCAUGGCGCUUCCCCCAGGGCCGUCCGACAAUCCCCGCGCUUGGGACGAUGACUCGGAGCCGGAGCCGGAGCCGGAGCCGGAGCCCGACCCCGACGCGCAGGCCGAGGCCUACGUGGCCCGCGUACUCAGCCCGCCGAAACCCGGGUUGGCUCCCCCGCGUGCCUCGCUGCUGUCCACGCCCGCCGCGUCCCCCGGCGCGCUGGAGCCAAAGGCGGCGUCCAAGAUCCCGACUGUGGGUGUGCCGGGCCUGCUGAGCCUUCCCCCGGAGCUGCUGCUCGAGAUCUGCGCCUACCUGGAUGCACGCCUGGUGCUCUUUGUCCUGCCGCGCGUGUGCCACACGCUGCGCGACCUCGUGCGUGACCAUGUCACCUGGAGGCUACGCGCGCAGCGCCGCGUACGCGCGCCCUAUCCGGUGGUGGAAGUCUGGUGUAGGUUGUGCUCCCUGGAAACCAGGGGUGGGCUGUCAGCUGGUGCCCACUGGGGAACCUGCUCAUGGUGCUCCGCAGAGGAGGACUUUGACUGGCCGGCAGCCUGCAUUGAGCUGGAGCAGCACCUGGCCCACUGGGCAGAGGAUGGGCACCGGGCUGAGUACUUCUGCUUGGCUGAUGGGCACUUUGCUUCCAUUGACUCAGUGCUGCUGCUCCAGGGCGGGGCGCUCUGUCUGUCGGGUUCCCGAGAUCGCAACGUCAACCUGUGGGACCUGCGGCAGCUGGGGGCAGAGCCCAGUCAAGUUCUGGUCAAGGCCUUGGGCACUCAGCCAAAUAGCACCCACAAGGGCUGGGUGUGGUCGCUGGCGGCACAGGACCACCGCGUGUGCUCUGGCUCCUGGGACAGCACUGUGAAGCUGUGGGACAUGGCAGCUGAUGGGCAGCAGUUCGGCGAGAUAAAGGGAAGAGCAGCUGUGCUGUGCCUUUCCUACCGGCCUGACAUCCUGGUGGCUGGCACCUAUGACAAGAAGGUGACCAUCUACGACCCCAGAGCCGGCCCAGCCCAGCUGCAGAGCCGGCGGCUGCACUCCAGUGCGGUUCUGGCGCUCGUGGCCGACGACAGGCACAUCAUCUCCAGCAGCGAGGACCACACCCUCGUGGUGUUCGACCGCAGAACCAACAGUGUCCUCCAGCGGCUGCAGCUGGACUCCUACCUGCUCUGCAUGUCCUACCAGGAGCCCCAGCUCUGGACCGGUGACAACGAGGGCCUGCUGCACGUCUUCGCCAACUGUAACGGCUGCGUCCAGCUUGUCCGGUCCUUCGACGUGGGCCACAGGUCUCAGAUCACAGGAAUCAAACACUCGCUGGGAGCCUUGUAUACCACGUCCACGGACAAGACCAUCCGGGUCCACGUGCCCACAGACCCACCAAGGACCAUUUGUACCCGAAGCCACCACAAUGUACUGAAUGGGAUCUGCGCCGAGGGCAACGUGGUGGUGGCCGCCUCGGGGGGCCUGUCGCUGGAGGUCUGGAGGUUUCAGGCAUGAGCAAGUAGACGUGCGUGUGUGUUGUGCACUGCCAGCCGGCAGGCUGAGCCCCGGCCUCCAUUCUUGGGGAACCUUCCCCCCAUUGGUGCUGACUCUGCCCCCGUCCCACAUGCCUGGGGUACUCGGAGGCCCGGCCUUGGCCAAGGCUGGGCCCCGUGCCUGUGGAGAUGACGUGGUUCUGACCCAGGGAGGGGGCUGCUCCCCAUGCUCGAGUCCUGGUUUGGUUAUGAUUUGGACACCACGCUGUGUCAAGAGUGAAGGAGAAUAAACCUGACGUCCUGCACAGAUGCUCCGGCCUGGCUGUGUGCCCAGGCAGCCGAAUCUCCGUCCCUGCCUGGGGCUGGGAGCCUGUGGCUGCAUGUGACAGAUGGGAGAGGUGCCCACCAGGGCU